AUGGACCACUCACAUAUGGAUCACAACAACAUGGAUCACGGCAACAUGGGUCACGGCGGUAUGGAUCACGGAAACAUGUGCAACAUGAACAUGCUCUUCACCUGGGACACCAACAACCUCUGCAUCGUCUUCAAAUCCUGGCGUGUCACCUCCACCUUCUCACUGUUAUGGACUUUGCUCGCCAUCAUCGCAUUAACAGCCGGCUACGAGCUCGUCCGCGAAAUUUCGAGAAAGUACGAGAGUAAAGUGCAGAGAGAGAUUGAUGGGCUACCCACCAAAUCAAAGACUAUCAAGGCUGCUUUGUAUGCUGUGCAGGUGUUUUAUUCAUUCUUCAUCAUGUAA